AUGGUUCUUGUAUCAUCGAAAACCCUCAUUCAGGUGCACGCCGUGCUCCUGCUCGUCGUAGCAGGCUACCUGAUCAAAAAUCCGGAGAUGAUCGUCGACUCCGACAUGGUAUUCAUGAUGGGCGAGGCAUUGAAGAUCGAUUUCCCAUCUAUAUCAAGCCCACAGCAAUCCCCCUUCACGUUUUGUGCGGUGCUGCUUUUGGUCGAAUCCCUUAUCGAUCUCGUCCUACUAUCCAACAUCCCCUUCCAUGAGGCCCUCGAUGAAGCCCUGCCCUACAUCCGACCCCUACGAAAUGGAAACCUCCCCGCGGAGGACCUUCAAGUUCUCCACAACCUGCCGGAAUAUAUCACCAAAUCCUUGACCGUGUACUGGGCUGUUUGGAUUGGUGUUGCAGGCUGCAAGUUUGCCGUCUACGCCGGUCUUGCGUUCUUCAUUUACCAGGGUCGCGCGGACGGAGUUUCGGCCUACACCAGUGCUGCAGCGCUUGGAGGACUGGACCGAUUGAAGAAUCGGGUUGUCUUCACCUUUGCUUUCCUGGAGAUGAUGUUUUGGUUCUGGGCUUUCUCUACCCUUCGUCAGGAGCGCCAGGAGCGCCUGACCAAGCUGUUGGAGGACACUCGUAAUAUGGAGUGA